AACAAAUGAAAGUAAAAUGGAAAUGAUAAGAGAAUGGGUAAAUCAUACAGAACCCAAUUUAGGUUAUAAAGAAGGUUUUGUUGAUGAUGCAGAUGAAGAUAAAGAUAAAGAUAAUUCACAGAAUAGAAAUGAAAUAGAAGAAGAAAAAAACGAUAGAAUGAAAGAUCUGGAUACGAGACAAACAAAAUCCAAGUCAUAUACAAUGUGGGAACAAAGAGAAAUUUUAAAAUAUAUUUUUAUAAAUAAAUAUGAAAACCAAGUAAUGGGUAACAAAAUAUGGCAACGAAUGGAACUGGAACAAAUUGUAAAGGAACGUACAUGGCAAUCGUUAAGAAAUCACUUUAGACGAACAAUCUUAACAGAACCAACAUUUAGUUUACUUGUCAAAGAAAAAGGAAAAGAACUAUUAACCCUCUAUCACUCAUGAAAAUUUUUUUUAGAAAUAUCUAUGGAUUUGACAUAAUGACAUAAAAAUAAAAUAUACGUAUUUUUUUAAUUUUUCUAUAUUUUGAAUAUUUAU